AAGCGAACUCCCGGGUUUAUACAAUCGGUUGCCAAGCCAGGACUUGGUGAGGUCUUCCUGCCUCCAGAGCCUAGGCUCUAAACCACCAAUGACAUCCAUUGAACUCUCCAGCUCAGAGGCCACCCACUCCCGCAACCGUAGGCCGCCAGGUGUGUCCCACACCCAGGUUAGCCGCUCUUACUCUUGUAUCUAAUUUCUGCUGUUUCGUGGGGGUGGAGGAGUGUGUAGUCCUGACCUCCCGGGAGGCAGGGAUCAUACCCUGCACAAUCUCCUCCUAAACCACCCGGCGCCUCGCGGGGCGGACUCAGUGCACAGCAGAUACCCACUCCUCCAUCGAGGGUAAAAGCAACUGACCAGGCAGAGAUCAAGGGAGCCACUGAAGUUGUUUCCCAUAGAGAAGCACUCUCUCAUGGAGUGACUGGUUCGGUUUUCAUGCAGUCAUGGAUAUGGAUAAACCAUCGGUCUGGGGCUCUUUGAAGCAGCGGACCAGGCCUUUGUUAAUCAACCUAAGCAAGAAGAAGGUAAAGAAGAUCCCAAACAAGCCACUAGACCUAAGGGCAAGGCGUUCUCUGGACCGCCGCCUCAGCCUCUCUGUCCCUGACCUCCUGGAGGCCGAGGCCUUAGUCCCAGAGGGGCGGCCUUACUCUGGGCCCCAAUCAUCCUACACCUCAGUGCCCAGCAGCCUGUCAACGGCAGGGAUCUUCCCCAAGAGCAGCAGUAGCUCCUUGAAACAGUCUGAAGAAGAAUUGGAUUGGAGCCAGGAAGAAGUGGGCCAUCUCCAUGUGGUGGAAACAGACUCGGAGGAGGCCUAUGCUUCACCUUCUGAGGACAGGAGGCCUUCCAGCAAUGGCAUCUUGGAUCUGCUCCAGAAAACUCCUAUCAGAGAAGAUGCACUGGAAGAGCCAGAGAAGCUGUGUGAAAGUGGUGAUCUGAAUGCUUCUCUAACAUCCCAACAUUUUGAAGAGCAAUCUAUGUUUGGGGAAGCCGGCGAUGGGUUGAGUAACCUGCCCAGUCCUUUUGCGUACCUCCUCACCAUACACCUGAAAGAAGGCCGGAACCUGGUCAUCCGAGAUCGCUGUGGCACGAGCGAUCCCUAUGUGAAAUUUAAGCUGAAUGGGAAGACGCUGUACAAAAGUAAAGUCAUAUAUAAGAACUUGAACCCAGUUUGGGAUGAGAUAGUUGUACUUCCAAUUCAAAGCCUUGAUCAAAAGCUACGUGUGAAGGUAUAUGAUCGAGAUUUAACUACAUCUGAUUUCAUGGGUUCUGCAUUUGUCAUUCUCAGAGAUCUUGAGCUUAACAGAACAACUGAACAUAUUUUAAAAUUGGAAGACCCAAACAGUUUAGAAGAGGACAUGGGAGUGAUUGUGUUAAAUUUGAGCCUAGUAGUAAAACAGGGUGAUUUCAAGAGACAUCGUUGGUCAAAUCGGAAGCGAUUGAGUGCCAGCAAGUCCUCUUUGAUACGUAACCUGCGGCUCUCAGAGUCCUUGAAAAAGAACCAACUCUGGAACGGGAUUAUAAGUAUAACGUUGUUGGAAGGGAAGAAUGUCUCAGGAGGAAGCAUGACAGAGAUGUUUGUCCAGUUAAAACUGGGAGAUCAGAGGUAUAAAAGUAAGACACUGUGUAAGAGUGCAAAUCCGCAGUGGCGGGAACAGUUUGACUUUCACUACUUCUCUGACAGGAUGGGCAUUUUGGACAUUGAAGUGUGGGGAAAGGACAGCAGAAAGCACGAGGAGCGUCUGGGCACGUGUAAAGUGGAUAUCGGGGCCCUGCCGCUCAGGCAAGCCAACUGCUUGGAGCUGCCUCUAGAGAGCUGCCUGGGGGCUCUCCUGAUGUUGAUCACACUUACUCCCUGUACUGGAGUCUCUGUCUCUGAUCUCUGUGUGUGCCCCUUGGCAGACCCCAGCGAAAGAAAGCAGAUUGCCCAGCGAUAUCGCUUACAGAAUUCCCUGAGAGAUAUGAAGGACGUCGGCAUUUUACAAGUGAAGGUUUUAAAGGCAGUAGAUCUCUUAGCAGCAGAUUUCUCAGGGAAGAGUGAUCCUUUUUGCUUGUUGGAGUUAGGCAAUGACCGACUUCAGACACACACCAUUUACAAAAACCUCAAUCCCGAGUGGAACAAAGUUUUUACAUUUCCUAUUAAAGAUAUCCAUGAUGUUUUGGAAGUGACAGUGUUUGAUGAAGAUGGAGAUAAACCUCCUGAUUUUCUUGGAAAAGUUGCCAUUCCCUUGCUGUCCAUUCGAGAUGGACAACCGAAUUGCUAUGUAUUGAAGAAUAAAGAUUUAGAACAAGCUUUUAAAGGAGCUAUUUACUUGGAGAUGGACCUCAUAUAUAAUCCGGUCAAAGCAAGCAUUAGGACCUUUACUCCCAGAGAAAAGCGCUUUGUUGAAGAUAGCCGCAAGCUGUCCAAAAAGAUCUUAUCGAGAGAUGUAGACCGUGUGAAAAGAAUCACCAUGGCAAUGUGGAAUACAAUACAGUUCCUUAAAAGCUGCUUCCAGUGGGAAUCCACAUUGAGAAGUACAGUGGCAUUCGUGGUAUUUGUAGUCACUGUCUGGAAUUUUGAACUGUACAUGAUCCCCCUGGCAUUGUUGCUACUCUUCAUCUACAACUUCAUCACACCCACAAAAGGGAAGGUUGGCAGCAUCCAGGACAGCCAGGAGAGCACAGACAUAGAGGAGGAGGAGGUUGAAGAUGACAAGGAAUCUGAAAAAAAAGGGUUAAUUGAAAGAAUCUAUAUGGUACAGGAUAUUGUUUCAACUGUUCAGAACAUCUUGGAGGAAAUGGCUUCUUUUGGAGAAAGAAUUAAAAACACAUUUAACUGGACGGUCCCAUUCCUUUCGUUCCUGGCCUGUCUGAUCCUGGCAGUGGCCACCAUCACUUUGUAUUUUAUUCCACUCCGGUACAUCAUUUUAAUCUGGGGCAUAAAUAAAUUUACGAAGAAACUUCGAAAUCCCUAUGCCAUCGACAAUAAUGAGCUGCUAGACUUCCUCUCCAGGGUACCAUCUGAUGUUCAAAAGGUGCAGUACGCAGAAUUGAAACUGUGCAGCAGCCAGAGCCCCCUUCGGAAGAAGCGCAGCGCUCUCUAGGACAUGCACCAACCGUGGACACCAGCACCCGAUUCCCUAUUUGGUUGAUAAGACCAACACUAUCUCUGUUCAAGUGGUGGUACCCGUGGUGUCAUUCUGAAAUGGGUGCUGUACGGAGCCCUCCCUGUACCCUCCCCGCUUCUCCACAUGCGCCGAUGCACACACGCAUGUGUGCACAUCCACACGCAUGGGUGUGCUAGUUGCUUAGCUAGCGGGCCGGCCAGUCAAAAGGAAACAAUCUAGUGACUGCGGAAGACUGAGGUCCCUUCUCAAAUAGGAGGUAAAGCCAGGCUGCUGGGGUUCUGAACGGCCUCCUGGAGAGUGGCCAGGAGACCACCUGGAUUCAAGAGUGACUUUGAACUUGUCUUCAUACCUCCAACAGAUUCUCCUUAAGAUGCAGUUAUUUCCAUUACUGUUUGCACACUCCUUUCAGAUUAUUGUUCAUGUGAGUCAGUUCGUUUCUCUGAGUUAAUGAGUCUCUGGUAGCCAUCACCUCCCCAACUAGUGUCUUUUAUAAAUAGAUUUUUAAAAAUAUUUACCAGGAUUAGCCCAGGUCUUUGGGAGCCCUUCCGCCAUGAUUAUUGAAAAUGUGUAUGGACAAUUGCAGUCAGCUCCCCCGGUGCUGGAUACCAGCCCAUAUCGUGGUCUAUUGCUGGCAGUGGAAGCCCCAGGAAGGUCCUGAAGGGACCACUCAUCCAAAAAGUGAAGGUUUCAUGAGAAUAUUUGGUUGCCUUAAAAAUGCCAUUUCUUCUGACUUGACUUUGCUUAUUUCCAAAAUAAAAUGUCAAUAUUACAGUUUCAGAAAGAGGGGGAUAAAUGAGUGAAUUCUGAGAGUACUUAGAUAAAUGAAGGGGCACCUUGGUGGCUCAGUGGUUGAGUGUCUGCCUUUGGCUCAGGGCGUGAUCCUGGGAUGGAGUCCUGCUUUGGGCUCCCCACAGGGAGCCUGCUUUUCCCUCUGCCUAUGUCUCUGCCUUUCUCUCGGUGUCUUUCAUGAAUAAAUAAAAUCUUGAAAAAAAAAAAAGACAAAUGAAGGCUGAGGAGCAAGGGACUAACUAAUGAAUAUGGCUACUUUACCUGAUUGUCAUAAUCACUCUAUUCGCCUGCAUUUUUGAGCAGAAAGUAAAAAUAACUCAGCAGUCCAAAUUAAUCUUUUGUUCCUGAGCAAGAUAAGCUACACAGAAUGCAUAUAUAUCUCAGAACCCCAUUCCUAGAAAAGCACCACCCCAAGUCAUCUUGAAGAAUAUCUGAUUCCUGCCAACCUCACCAUUUCAUAGUACCCCCCCCCAAGUAAAAACCUGGUUUUAUGCAUAUAUAAAAUGCAUGCAAAUAUCUUUCUGUUCGGAUGAUAUUUAAGUUGUAAAGACUGUAUUUUAUUGACACAUACUUUGUGCAGUUUUAUAUAUUUAAUAUAUAUGUAUAUGUAAUGUAAAGAAAAGUUGAGGUAAAGACCUGAUUUAAUAGCAAGUUUUACUAUUUUUUUCUCUCCGAGUUGUAAUUUAAUAAUCUUCAAACAAAAUGUUUAUGAAAAAUGCCAAAGAUUCUAAACCUUAUCAUCCCGUGUCUGUUUUUCUUCAUAUUAUAUCUUCCUGGGUUUCUUUCUGGCUGAGCCAGAUUUCUGCAUGAUUUGAUUUGCUUCAAGUUAAUGAAGCUGGCUGGAAAAGAGCCUUGCAGAAAUUAUAAAAGCUCCAGUAAAUCUCUUAGUUGUACAUACAAUAGAUAUCCAAGAAUCUCUUUUGUUAAACCAGUUACUCAAUCUUCUGUGUAAACAAUGCCUCAUUGUCUCACUCCCAACUAUCAUGUAGUUUAUCACAGUCUGUCAUUUUGUAACGACCUAAGUCAGACAUUUUUAAACAGACAUGUGAGAUCUGAUCAGUCAUUUGAAUGAAAACUUUCAGCAGCAAAAUAACCCCUUGUUUAUUUAAGAGUGGAACCGAUACGCUAUUGUUGUUCUUUUGCUAUACAAUUUCAAAAUGAAAUAAUUUGUCCAACAAGAAGGCAUCAGUAGUUAGACUUAUUCCCUCUGUAGCCCAAUGAGAAUUCUCAGCAUUAAGUUUUGGACAGCAGCCGGGCUGCAAGGGCAAGACUGAAUAAACCUUUAAGAAACUGUUAAUGGAAAACAAUUGUUAAUUGAUUCAGUAGACUUUGAAUGUUAGAAAUGUUAGUUGUAAGGGAAAUGUGAAGAUUUAUACGAGUAAUCCAACUUAUACCAAAGAUCCCAGAAUGCUCUUUAGAUAAAAUUUAUGGAUGGUGAACUCAAAGUUUGAUAACUCAAGAUAAUUUAGUAGGAAUGUUGAAGUUUAGCCAAGUUCUCCUGAUUGUCUUCUCAAACCUCACCCUCCCGUUUCCAGCUCUGCCUGGAUGUCUUAUAGACACCUGUACUUCAGUGGGUUAGAAACUCUGCUCUCUCUUCCUCCUUGUGUUCAGGACCCCUAAACCUAGUAGUCUCCUGCUUGCUUCCUUGUUUCCCUUACUAGUGCUGGCAUCUUCUGGGCUGGGAGACACUGAGCAUCCCGUUUUUUGUUCCUCGUGGUUUUUCCCCACCUCCCAGCCCAUAAACUUGUAGCUCCAGUGUUUCCAUGUAUCUUGGCCAUUUCUAUCUUGGCCAUUUCUGAUCACCAUCCCCUAAACCAAGGCUUCCGACACCUCUAAGGAGUCAUGGCAACAGUGCCGAUUACAUUAUGCCAGAUAAAUCCUUAUUCCGACUAUUCUUUUCACUAGAAAUACUUUCUCACAAGUUUCUGUCCAAAUAAAUUCUGCCCUCCUUUAAAAUUUUCAGAAGCUUCCCACCCCAAGUAGGAUUUCUUUCUUUUCCUUGGCUGAAUUAGACUCUACUCUUCUCUCUUACACCCCUGCCCCCUAUGUCUUACAUACCUUUCUGCAUUUGCCAUAUUCUGCUAUAGAUCAUAGUUACCAGAGGCUUUGACUUUCAUUGUCCUCCACUGGAUAGACCAUCCUGUCUGGCACCUAGUAGACACUCAGGAAAUACAUGAUUAAUGGACUGGGUCAUAGUCAACUUUUCUUCUCUGCCCUUUUAUGUAUACAGAGAGUUAAGCCAGGUAGAUUAGUAUGGUCUAUCAGAGGAAAUAAUUUCUUGUAUUUAGCACACAACUUAUACUGUGUGAUAUUAUUUAUAAGCUCUGGCCAUGUCAACUAUAAACUUCUCAAUGAUGUCUUAUAUUGGUGAAGUCAUUACCUACAUGUCACAGGAAAAUAAAUUUGUGCACGGUAAAAAAUAAUCAACUUUGA